UCUGCGUCUUGUUAUAAUGAAAUUUAUGCAUGGGACGAGUUGGAGGAGGGCGAAAUAGAUAUUCGCGCUUCGUCGUUUAAAGGUUGUACUGCUGCUGAACUAAGAAGAAACUUCAGUACAGAGUUAUGAAAGAAGUCAGUAAUGGAAUGUGAAGAUGAAGAAGAAUUAAAGCCACUUAAAAGGCAAAAAAAAGUUUCAUCAAAAUCCACUACUUCAAAAUCUAAAAGUUUAACUGAGAAAAACAAAAUUAAACAUGAUAACGAAUCACAAAAGAAAUUAAGUAGUGCUUCACCAGGAAAAUUAAAAAAUGGUCUCUCACGCAUUGAAAAAGCCAGCGUUUUGCAGACAUUUUCGUCUGUCAACAAUAAGGCGAUGUUACCAUACUUUUUACCAAAUGGAAAUGCGUUGCCUAUCAAGAGAUUGGGGAGGUGUCCUGUUUGUUUUUUUGACUUAAAUUCUUUGCAUGGUAACACACCACAAGCGCAUAUAAACCAGUGUUUGGAUACCGAUCCAACAUUUGAGAAAGGGUAUUGUUCUGAGGAUUCUUCGUGCUCUUCGUCCAGUGUGAAACACUUUCGCGAUUUUAAGCACGAACCACAAAAGCAACCAAGUCAAAAUACAGUCAACGAGUGUUUAGAAACCGAUCUAAGUGAUUGCUCAAGCACAGGUUUAUCAGAAUGUAAAAAGAAAUCACCAGACAGUCAUUCUAGCAGUCAAGAUAAGCAAGACGCAAAAUCUAUUGCCCAUGAUACUUCUAUUAACAAUGACCAGUUGGAUUUCACAGAUUCGAGCGAAAAAAAAUUUGUUCAAACUCGAAUUAGCAAUUAUUUUCAAUCUGGUAAGAGAGAUAUGAAUAUUAAUAAUAUGAAAGAUGAUUCAAAUACUCGCUGCAAAGUUAAUGCAACUGCAGUAUUGAUCAACAGAACUGAUGGAAGUGUCUCAAAGAAAGAUAACAAAAAGCCGAAAGUUACAAAGAAGAAACAGCCACAAAGAAAAGAAUGUCCUUUUUAUAAGAAAAUACCAGGUACUGGAAUUACUGUUGAUGCAUUUUGUUAUGGUGAAAUUGUUGGUUGCACAGCCUAUUUUCUUUCGCACUUCCACAGCGACCACUAUGGACGUUUAUCAAAUCGUUUUACUGGAAGACUAUACUGCUCCCAGAUUACAGCUAACUUAGUGAUAUCUCGUUUGAACGUCGAUGCUUCAAAAAUCACCGUGUUACCCAUGCAGGCAGAAACGGUUGUGGAUGAUGUGAAGGUCGUUUUAUUAGAUGCUAAUCAUUGUCCUGGCUCAGUCAUGUUUCUGUUCGAUCUUCCAGACGGGCGACGGAUGUUACAUGUUGGUGAUUUCCGUGCAGAUGAGAGCAUGUUCAAACAAAUUUGUCUUUCAAGUGGAGUUAUAUCUACUUUGUAUCUGGAUACGACUUACUGUAACCCGAGGUACACAUUCCCACCACAAAAAGAAGCCAUUGCGUUUGCCGUCUACAAGGCGCGUGAAUAUUUUACAGAACAAACUCUAUUUGUGUGUGGAACAUACACCAUUGGGAAGGAGAGAGUGUUUAAGUCAAUCGCGGACGCUUUGAGUGUAAAAGUAGCUGUUUCUACAGAGAAAAUGAAAAUAUUGACAUGUUUGGAUGAUAAAGAGCUUGAUAAAAUGCUAACGUUGGAUUAUCAUACAGCACAGUUUCAUAUCGUGUCUCUUGCAGAUAUGAGCUUUAAGAAAUUGCAUGAACACUUGAAAAAAUAUAAAGUGAAUGGUUAUAACCGAUUGGUUGCGUUCAAGCCUACAGGGUGGACGUUUUCAUCUAAUGCAACUUCUGUAAGUGACAUACAACCUGCAGUAAGUGGCAAUGUUAUUGUGUUUGGUGUUCCUUACAGCGAACAUAGCAGUUUUGCAGAACUGAAAUGGUUUGUCGAAACAUUGAAACCACAAAAUAUAAUCCCUACUGUGAACAAUGGCACCAAAAAAAGUCGAGAUGCGAUGGACGUGCAUUUUCGAAACUGGCUUCAACAUUGAUACGAAUUCUUUUUUUCUUCAUCUUUUUUAUCCUUUAUUUUUUUUUUUAUUUUUUUUUUGGUAUUUGUUUUUUGUUUUUUUUUAUUUUGUUAAAACGAUACGCGAAGGUAAAAAUUUAGUUUUAUGUAAAUAAUAUAAAAAAAAUAUUUAUACUUUUAUUACUUCAAGUUUUAAUAAAAUACAUUUGUCCGA